UACCCAAGGCCACUGCUGUGCAGAGACUGCCAUGGGGUGAAGCCACUGUCAUCAUGUCUGACCAGCAGGCAAAACCUUCAACUGAAGACUUAGGGGACAAGAAGGAAGGAGAAUACAUUAAACUCAAAGUCACUGAACAGGAUAGCAGUGAGAUUCACUUCAAAGUGAAAAUGACAACACAUCUCAAGAAACUCAAAGAAUCAUAUUGUCAAAGACAGGGAGUUCCAAUGAAUUCACUCAGAUUUCUCUCUGAAGGCCAGAGAAUUGCUGAUAAUCUUACUCCAAAAGAACUGGGAGUGGUGGAAGAAGAUGUGAUUGAAGUUUAUCAGGAACAAACAGGAGGUCAUUCAACGACAAUGGGAAUAAAACUCAUUGGGAGUGGCUAUUCUCAGUGUCGUCCCCCUCCCCGCUUCCCAGGAGAACAUGCUUCUGGGUUCCAGGUUUUCUUUGCCACUCUACCCAUUUAUGUUGAAGAAAUAGUGGGUCUGGGAAAUUGGCUAGGUGAAAGCGAAAGUACUGACACCAGCAACCUGCUGAAGCAGUACUGGGAAGCAAAUCACUAA